AUGUUUCCGGUUAAUGUAAUUGCCAGACCUGCAAAGAUAUUCUUUUCGAAGAGCCGAAGCUCCAAAGACCUGCAAAGUUUAGAGCUACGCAGUAUUACUAGUAACGAGAAUCCAGCUAGUUCUGGUUACGCGACCAAUCACAAUAAUGAGUCGAUUGUGAAGAAGCAUAAUGAUGUGAUCGAUAUUGGGCCUUCGAGUUUAAGAAGCGUCACAUCAAGAGAUCUAGACAAGCCCAGUGUGCCCACUGACGAUGAUGAGUACCCAGAUGGUGGAAUUCAAGCUUGGUUAGUCGUUUUGGGAUCUUUUAUUGGACUGAUUCCUGUUUUCGGGUUGCUCAACUCGCUAGGUGCCAUUGAGUCGUAUAUCUCCAGGAAUCAAUUGGCCAAAGUGGCUCCUUCUACCACUUCAUGGAUCUUUUCCCUCUACAUAGCCAUAAGUUUCCUGAGUUGCAUUCUGGCAGGUGGUUAUUUUGACAGAAAUGGUAGUAAAACCCCAAUGAGUGCAGGUACAGUGAUAUAUGUUGGUGGUAUUAUGUGUCUUGCUAAUUGCACAACAGUGUACCAGUUCAUCCUGUCUUUCUCCUUGCUGAGUGGUAUUGGUACUGGAAUUUUAAUGACUCCACUAGUCAGUGUGCUAGCUAGUUGGUUCUUCAAAAGGAGAGCCAUUGCAACUAGUACAGCCACAAUGGGGGGUUCUGUUGGCGGUGUCUUCUUCCCAAUAAUGCUGAAGAAGCUUUAUAAGGAAGUUGGUUUCCCAUGGGCUAUGAGAAUCGUGGGAUUCGUUUGCCUUGCCUGUCUGAUUGUUUCCACAGUUCUUUGUCAUGAGAGAAGUAGAGUUGAAUGCGAACCCUUUGCUUCAAAAAAACAGCUGGCCAAAUGGUACGUAUCGUCGUCAUUUAACUGGAGAUACUUCCUUGAGGGCAAGUUUCUCUUUGCUGCCCUGGGAUCCUCGCUGGCAGAAAGCUCUUUGACCGCAUCGGCGACAUAUUUAGCAUCUUACUCCUUGGCUAGAGGCAAUAGCGAAACCACUUCGUACGCCCUAAUUACCGCUACUAACGCUGUUGGUAUCCUCGGAAGGUAUAUCCCUGGUUACAUCGCAGACAGACAUCUCGGUCGAUUCAACGUCGUCAUAAUCACGGUGCUUCUGGCCGGACUCUCAAAUCUAAUCAUAUGGUUGCCUUUCGGUGGACAUGUUGGCGCGCUGUGGGCCUACGUCUGUAUUUACGGUUUCGCCACUGGUUCAAUUCUUUCAUUGACGCCAGUAUGCGUAGGACAAAUCUCUAGAACGGAAGAUUUCGGCAAGCGGUAUUCUACAGCCUAUUUCUUACAAGCAAUUAUCACUAUUCCGGUACUUCCAAUCGCCGGUGCUAUCAUCAACAAAGGAACGCCAGCAGAAUACAACAAAUUUAUCAUCUUUGUUUCUGUUCUUAUGUUGGCUGGUUCCGCUUGCUACAUAGUUUCCAGAUACAUCUGUGUUGGUGCCAAGCUUUGUAGGUUCUGA